AUGAAUAUUAACAUUAAAAGUGAAACCAAUAGUGGAAGUGAUAGGCAGUGUAGCAAUUGUGGGACAACCAGUACUCCCUUAUGGCGCAAAUACGGGUCGUGUCACUUCCUAUGUAACGCUUGUGGUCUAUACUAUCGGGUAAACGGAGACCACAGACCACAUGUCAGCAAAAUAUCUCGUGUCUCAACUCUAAGAAAAAGUUUUCUUCAUUGCGCUAAUUGUGGCACAAAUAAGACAACGAUGUGGCGGAGGGACGCGGGAGGCGUUCACGUGUGCAACGCGUGCGGUCUCUUCUUUCGCAUCAAUGGUUUCAACAGACCGGUUUCAAUGAGACGGGAUGUGAUUCGGACCCGAAAACGUCGUGAAAAGGAUGCAAUGCCGACACCUAAUGACGAGUCUCUUAAUACUAGAGAGAGUUUGGAUUUGUCAUCAAUAGAGCUGUCGUCAAUGUCAGGCGAGUCGCCGCCAUUGGUCAAAGUGGAGGCCAUCGAUCGCAAUAUAACCCCGUCUUCAACACUGUCAUCGGCGUCCACGUCAUCCAAUGAGUCGUGUAAUUCAUCAUUCAAUCAUUACGGCGAUAAUCAUCACCAGACUAUAGUCAGUCAUCAUGAAUGGUGUCCACCGAAUGGUAUUCAUGACGUUAAUCCACUCACUUAUAUAUUUAGUGAAUCCAUGGAUUACUAUAAUCCGGAUCAUAUAUCAAAAGCAAAUAAUUAUUUAACGUUUAACUUAUUGCGACAACUUUAUAAUGAUAAUGAAAAUGUAUUGAUAUCUACCGGUGCGAUAACAACAACAUUAAGUAUGAUAUAUAUGGCAGCAAAAGAUAAAACGGCCACAGAAUUGGAAGAUCUCUUGAAUUUGCAAAAUCAUAAUAUUAGUAAUGAUUUGAAUCAAAAGUUUCGUCUAUUUUAUGGACAUUUGGCCGAUAUAUCGGGUGAUAACCAUUUGGUUUUGGCAAACGGUCUCUUCGCUCAAAUCCGAAACCCAAUACUAGAAGAUUAUAAAAAACAAUUACUGUAUUACUAUAACUCUAAACUACAAACAGUUGACUUCCUAUUCAAAAGUGACGAAGCAAUGCAAUCCAUAAACGACUGGGUGUUUAAUAUGACUAAAGGAAAGGUAGAUAAGUUGUUGGACGACAAGUUGAGUCCAUUAAAUGUGUUGGUCCUUCUCAAUGCUGCCUACUUUAAAGGCAUAUGGAGGCAACAGUUUCUGAAAUGGAGCACAAAAGAGGAAGACUUUUAUUAUUCAAAUAAAGCCAUCAAAAAACCUCUGAUGAAACUCUCCAAUACUUUUAAUUACACGACAUUGCAAUCACUCGACAACUGCCAACUUAUUGAACUGCCCUACAGUCCCGACACUGACCUAUACAUGUAUGUCCUGUUGCCUAACCGUACUCUAGGCUUAAAGAGAUUAAGUGAUCGGCUGACAGACAAACUGUUUGACGAAGCAUUAGAUAAUAUGACUGAAAGCACUGUUAGACUUGUAUUACCUAAGUUUCACAUUAGGACAUCAUAUACACUGAAAAGUACACUUCAGGCGCUCGGUUUGAAUAAUAUAUUCACGUAUAAGUCAGACCUGUCCGGUAUCGACGGAACCAAUUAUUUACACAUUUCAGAGAUCUAUCAUAAAGUCAUCAUUGAGGUGACUGAAGACGGCAUGAAUCAUACAGUGGUCAACACUGUCACCGGAAACAGCAAUAGAGGCUUAUUUGGUCGUUACAGAAAUGUGCCGACAUUUCGUGCUGACCGUCCGUUUAUGUUUAUUGUCAGACAUAAGAGCACUGGUAUUAUAUUAUUUGCCGGUUUUCUCAACCGACCGUAA